UAAACACACUUGUAAAGUGAAAGACAGUGGUAACUCUUAAAAGAAGAAAAAAAGCAUGGCAAAGAGUGAUGGGAAGGUGAAAGUAAUGGGCAGAUGGCAGUGCCCAUUUACGAUGAGGGCAAGGAUCGCCCUUAACAUCAAGUCUGUCAACUAUGAGUUGGUUGAGGCGAGGCCAUGGGAUGGCCAAAGCCAGGUCCUUCACGAAUCAAAGUCAAACCCAGUCAUGGUUCAUGGUGAUAAGUCCAUCUGUGAGUCUCUCAAUAUUGUCGAAUACAUCGACGAGAUUUGGCCUUAUGCUCCCUCCAUUGUUCCUUCUGAUCCUCUUCAACGUGUCACUGCUCGGUUCUGGGCUGGCUAUCUUAAAGACCAGUGGUUUCCUUCCUUGAAAGCUAUUGGUACUGCUGAAGGAGAGGAUACAAGGAAAGCAGCAAUAAGGCAAGUGGAGAAAGGGUUAGUACUGCUGGAGGGGGCAUUUGGCAAGUGUAGCAAAAGGAAGGCAUUCUUUGGAGGGGAUCAAAUUGAAUACCUUGACAUCGCAUUUGGGUGCUUUCUAUGCUUGCUAAGAGUGGAAGAAAAAGUGAAUGGGAUCAAGUUGCUUAGUGAAACCAAGACACCUAAUUUGCUUAAAUGGGCUCACAGAUUUUGCUCCAAUGCUGUCGUUAAGGAUGUCAUGCCUACGAUAGAAAGUCUUAUAGAAUCUGAUGAGAUUAUUAUGGGUAGAAUGAAAGGAGUGGCUUCUCCCGCUUCCAAAUUAUGAAUUGAUUGGCUUUGAAUGUGAUAACAUUCAAAAGUCAUAUUUAUUGGCCUUUAACUAGGCCUUGAAUGUUACAUUUUUUGAACUCAUUUUCUCCCAAGUCAUACCUCCUCCUCCUUCUCGUCGUUUCUCUCUUUUGUUGUCGGUCGUGCGAUCAACCAUCAUCCCCUCACCCAAGUGAUCCCUCCGAUGGUCGCUCCCUUUUUCUUUUCUCAAUGGCCUUUUCGAUCCAUUCCUAAUUCGGCAAUUGUUUUCUUUGGUCUUUUGCUGUCGGAAGGUGGUGGGUUUGGUCCCCUACUAGUGGGAGUUUUCCCUGGUCUCUUCCCUAGGCUUUUUCUUUUGGAUUUUCGGCCAAGACUCCAAUGGUUUGAUAUAUUCAUAUUCCACCCGUCACCCUCUGUUACGUCAGCCGAGAAAUAAUGGAGUAGUAGGGUUAACACUCCAGAUUUAUAGGUUUGGUGGCUAAAGCCACAUUUGUCGGUGGUUUGGCAUUGAUUUCGCUAUUUUUUGCUCAGUUCAUUGUGGUACUGGUAUUUGUUUUUGAGGUCUAAUUAUAGAAUGGUCUCCCAAGUCGAAGGCAGCCAUUCCAGCGAUGGCUUCAAACCCUUGUUGGGUUAGGUGCUCUCUCCCUCUUUGUGGGUUUAGGGUUUCCCUUGGGAUUUGUUGACCCACUAUUAUCUUUUAUGUAUUUUUUGGGGCAAUUUAAGCUUGUUGUAACCCCUCAUUUUCUUAAUGGAAGCUUUGCUUUUAUGAA